AUGGUGGGAACUCGGUCGGGUAAGAAUAAGUCGGCAUUAGCCCAAGCGGGAAGGUCAUCUCCGAAGAAAAGAAUGGAAUGGGCCGAUAAGGAGGGCCCCUGGGUUUUGUCGAUUAGCAGAGCAGCGUGCAUAGCAGAGGGGUAUGCGAAAAAGAGCAAAUUUACUGGCGCCGAAGUUAAGUCCUUGCUCGGCAUUACGCCGGCCCAAUGGAGGAACAUGUUCGAAGCCGUGCACGACUACUUUGUCGAAAAUGCGAUUGCCAGCAGAACUAUGACAACAGACGAGCAAUGGGACGAGGCCGUGAGACUCCUGCUCAGUUAUCCGCCCUGGAAUAAAUUCAGACGCCUGCUUCAACAGCCGGAGGAAGAUUGCACCUUACAAGGGGCCUUGAUCAAAGUCUGUGUGAGCAGUACACUCCAAGAUCUUGCCAAACGUAAGUCUGCUGAGGAUAGAGAGAAGUUCUCUGAGGCACUCAAAGAGAAGGAGCGUGCGGCGAAGUCAGCGAAGGCGAAAGCAGCGAAGAAGAAGGAGACCAAGGGGAAGGCGACCGACACAAAAGGCAAGGGCAAGCAGCGCGAGACGGCGCCAACUCGCAGUUCGACAAAGAGGAGCAAGCAGGCCCAGGUGCCUCUGCCCGACGACGAGGACGAGGUCUACCCUGACAUUGACGAAUUUGCCUCGUCGGAAGACGAAGCGGAGAAGCCGAGGGACAAGGCAGACGUCGGAGAUGAGACGGACGACGAAGAGACACCCGAGGAAGCCGACGAGCCCUUCUCGGCGAAGACCCGGAAGGUCGAAAGGGCACCAUAUCUUACUGAUCGGCCUAUCGGCAUUUCGCAUUGUUUCCCCUCCAAAUACCGCUUUGAGCGACUCGGAGGGGCGAAGUUGGGACUACGUCUGAAGCCUUGGGAAAUGCCUAAUUGGACUCCAAGAACCUUUGGUGGGCAUCCCUACCUGACGUUUAGUUCACUUCCCGGUCCGUAUCUAUCGGAGGUCGUGAGGAUGGUCAGGGGGGUACAACUAGACCCUGAAACCCGCGGCGGUGCUUCUGACUUGCCACACCCCGCGAUACGCCAUUUGGUCGGGUCUCUUGUCCUCGACGAGGAGUUUUUCAAGACCGCGUCGGGUCAAUAUCGUGUUUACCGGCCGUUACCUGAACAGGUCAUCUUCCUACAGUCGGACAAAGAUGUCAGAGUAUGGCUCAAUGCUUGUAAAGUUGCACCGCGACUGAGACUAUUGGUGGUUUAUAAUGAGCGCGAUAAAAACGCCAGGCAGACUCCACCGCCGCUGUCAUUCCCCUACUUUCACGGUGACUGGGAGGUGCUGAUGGACAAUCAGUUGCGGAUUGACCGGAGAGCCUCGGGCAUCAAGGCCGAGGAGACAGGAACUCGUUGGGGGAAACCGACGAAGAGGAAGAGAAGUGAGAUUGUGGAGGUGAGUGAUGACGACGACGACGACGACGCUGACGACGACGCCGACGACGACGCCGACGACGACAACGAAGGCGAGGGUGAAGGUGGAGGGUCGAGUUCCCGUAAAAAGCCCAGAGGAGAGAACGCCGGAGAGGGCAGCUCGAGCAAGGCGGGCCCGAAAGGUAAAGCAGGGGGCAGCUCGAGCAAGGCGGGCCCGAAAGGCAAGGCAGGGGGUAGCUCGAGCAAGGCGGCCCAGAAAGACGACGAUGAUGGCGACGACGAUGACGAAGAGCGCGAGGAGGACGAUGACGUCGACGACGAGGAAGAAGAAGAGGAGGAGGACGAGGAAGAAGAGGAGGAAGAAGAGGAGGAGGAGGCCCCAAGGAGAAAGAAGACAAAGACACCCGGGCUCAAGACGCCGGCCAAGACGCCGCCAUCAAAGACACCCGGGCCCAAGACGCCGGCCAAGACGCCGCCAUCAAAGACACCCGGCCCGAAGACCCCGGCCAAAACACCUGCUCAGACUACUGCUGCCGAGCGAGGAGGGAAAAGGUCGAGAGCACACCAUCUGUUCGAUGAGCCUGCUGAGAGCCCGCCCUAUGAGAGUGAGCAGGAGGAAGAGCAAGGGGACUUAAUACCAGAGUACGAAAGCCGGGCCACUGGUUCACAAGCUGACAGCGCUCCGGAGUCUGAAAGAACUACGCAAGAUGAGAUGCCCGGCGAAGAGCCUGCCGGGGAAGGUAGUUACGUUGAUGGUGGCCCUGAUGGGGGUAUUACUCCCGGCGGGCGCGGGGACGAGUCAAUCGAUAUGGAAGUGGGUUACCUUACCGAUGCAUCGACCAGUUCGAUUGAAGUGGCUAAGCUCCAAACAAUUCCCCGUCUUCCCCAGUCCCCCCACCCCCAAAUCUCCCCUCCCCCCACUAUCAUCAACCUCCCCGACAUCCCUGCGAAGGGCUGGACUUCCGUCUCUCGUCCUGCGACUCCAAAGAAACUUCGUUUCGAGUAG